AUGGCCGUUGAUGUCCCGACGUCCGUGAUUGUGAAGCUUAUGUUCUUCACCCUGGCCAUGGUCAGUUUCCCAGUUCUGACCUUCUUCGUCUCCCAGCAGUACACGAGUAACACGCUCGUAAACGGCGGCCUCGCGGCAUUAGCAGCGAAUGUGGUGCUGUUUGCGUACGUGAUCAUGGCUUUUUCAGAGGACGUGCCGCAGUCAGAUGGCAAAGAGUCCAAGAAACAACAGUAA